AUGUCCCUCCACAACGGCGCAUACAGCCAUCCGGGCUACUCGGCGCCGCCCUACAGCCAGGGAUAUCACCACCCGCCCGGGGGCCAGAUGUACGGCAACGGCCACGGCAACACGCAGGUCUACUACACGCCCUCCGGCCACGACGCCGCGCCGCAGCAGCACUGGUACGGCCAGCCCGGCCGAUGCCGGCCCCCCGGCGGCGGCCACGGCCCCUGCUCGCCCGAUGCGGACCGCUUCAACAGGAAGCGGCGGCGGUGCACCUACAUGUACUACGUCCUGCGGCAGAUGGCCAUCUUCGUGCCCGUUGUCGUGCUCUUCCUCAACAUCAACAUCUACGUCUCGAGGCGGGGCAAGUACCUCAACGACUCGACGAGCCCGGCGGACCCCAUCUUCUACUCGCUGUGGCUGACCGUCCCUAUUUCCUGUCUGGUAUUAAUAUGGUCCGCCAUCGCCGUGAUUUGCCGCAAGAGGGUGCCGUAUCGCGGGGGCAUACCGAAGCACUUCCACUUCGGCAUGGAGCUGUGCUUCUCGCUGGGGACGACCAUCUGCUGGAUCCUCCUCGUCAUCCAGAUCGAGUCCAAGAAGUCCAACGGCUACUACUCGUAUCCGUAUAUCCAGUACGAGGCCGCGCUGGCCUUCCUGCUCGGUGUCAUCAUCUCCUUGCAGUCGUUCGUGCUUUCGGUACUCCAUCGCCGACGGCGGGAGCAGCGCGGCGGCGAAGACGAUGACCCCGAGCAGCCCCGAUACGGCGAAGAUGCCAAGGUUCCCGAUCUUCCGGAACGCCGUGUAGGGCUCAAGGGCGAGGCCCAUGUCGAAUAA